AUGCACUUCUCUACGCUUUUCGUUGCUGCUCUCGCGCCGGCCGUCUACGGCUACGGCGUAGCUCAUGUCCGAAUCAACGCCCACGACGAUUGCCCCUCGGGAAAGCUGCCUGGACGUUACUCCGAGGGAAAGACGAUCAAAGGAUCCUUUCCUCGGACGAUCGCCGCCACCCAGGACACCUGUGUCAAGGUGAAGGUGGAUCACCACGAUGACAUCGACUCCUACUCCUUCACCGCAGACGCCAUUACCAAAGACACUUUCCGAAAAUGCCACGGUCUCGGUAUCUUUGCCAACAAGGAAUGCGUUGGUAUUCCUGACUACAUUGUUCCCUUCCACCCGGAUGAGAACCACGCCCAGAGUCCUUGUCUUCCCGAGUAUGCUUUUGACAAGUUCCUGACGCUCAACCUUAUUUGUGAGGAUGGACACACUGUCAAACACCCUGUUCAAGAGGCCGAGGAAAAGGGAGAGGAAGAGAAAGGAGAUGCGAAGGAGGACGAAGAAGCCUCGCAACCCCAUCGUGAGGCUGCGAAGCCCCCAUCUAAAGAGCACCACGCGAAUACUUUCUUAGGUGGUCUUGGUCUGUGA